GAUAAGAGGAGUAUAAAGAGGGCUUGGCUCAUGGCAAGAGGGCAGUGGUCAACCUGGCCAGCAACAUGCUACGCUUCUUGGUGUUCGCCACCCUGGUCCUUUAUGGACACAGCACCCAGGACUUUCCAGAAACCAACCCCCGGGUAGUUGGAGGGACUGAGGCCCGGAGGAAUUCCUGGCCCUCACAGAUUUCCCUCCAGUACCUCUCUGGGGGCAAUUGGUAUCACACCUGCGGAGGGACACUCAUCACACAGAACUGGGUGAUGACAGCCGCUCACUGCGUGGACAACAACAAAAUGACCUUCCGGGUGGUGGUUGGAGAACACAACCUGAGCCAGAACGAUGGCACAGAGCAGCGUGUGAGUGUGCAGAAGAUCGUGGUGCAUCCAUAUUGGAACAGCAAUAAUGUGGCUGCCGGCUACGACAUUGCCCUGCUGCGCCUGGCCCAGAGCGUUACCCUCAACAGCAAUGUCCAGCUGGGUGUUCUGCCACCGUCGGGAACCAUCCUGGCCAACAACAGUCCCUGCUACAUCACAGGCUGGGGCAGGACCAAGACCAAUGGACAGCUGGCCCAGGCCCUGCAGCAGGCUUACCUGCCCACCGUGGACUACGCCACCUGCUCUAGCUCCGCCUACUGGGGCUCCACCGUGAAGAACACCAUGGUGUGCGCAGGAGGGGAUGGAAUUCGCUCUGGAUGCCAGGGUGAUUCUGGGGGCCCUCUCCAUUGCCUGGUGAAUGGCAAGUAUUCUGUCCAUGGAGUGACCAGUUUCGUGUCCAGCCUGGGCUGUAAUGUCUCCAGGAAGCCUACAGUCUUCACACGGGUCUCUGCAUACAUCUCCUGGAUAAACAAUGUGAUUGCUUCCAACUGAACAUCUUUGGAUGCCACGGCCUGCCCAAGAUGACGCUUAGACCCAGGGUAGGACUUGAGGCCGUCAAGGAAAAAGUAUUCUGAGAGACCAUUGAGCCGGAUACAGAAAAGCAAAUAAAAACUAAAUAUACAUGAC